ACAUUGCUCCUAUAUAAGCAGGUUGGGCCAGUGGUGCUUCUUACGGACAGUCAUUACUGGAGAGGAAUACAACUCGAGUGACACCAUGAAUAAGCUGCUAGUCAUUACUGUGCUGGUUGCACUCCUUGCUCUCAGCGCUGAAAGCUUCCGUGUGCCGAGGCAGGCUGAGGAGGAGCAGGGCACCCUGACCAAGAUCACAGACAGCGUCAGGUCCUACUAUGACUAUGUCGUCAACUCUGCCAGUGAAUACAUAGAAAGCAUCAAGGGCCUGAAGUUGGAGGAGAAGGCAAAGAAUCUUUACUCUGAUACUACCACGGCUGUGAGCACAUACUCUGGCAUUUUGCACGACCAGAUGUACCACAUCUUUUACCAGUAGCAGUAAACAAAAACUAAUUUCCAACUAGCUCAGCUACCCUUUCUGACAGCCUGACAUCUUUCAGGCUUCAUGCGAAAGGCCCAAACAUCAUUUGACAUUGUGAACUUGGUCGUAUCUCACCUCACCCAAGCCUCAAAACCUCAAACAGCAUCUUCAAAAAUAAUGGACCCUGUGCUCUUUGUGACGCUUUCUCGGGCCACUGCAUUGGUGGUAAAUGAUGAUAACCACUCAAUGGGGACUGUAAUCUUAAUCUUGAAAAAACAAGUAACAGCUUGCACAGAGAAACUGGAAGGACCAUUUUGGCGGGCACAAGCAAUGGAGCACACAACACCUUUCAUGUACUGAUGAAUUUCUCAGUGGUUCUCCGAAUAAAAAUAACUAGCCAUGAAAAUA